CGGCCACUAGGUGUCCUUGUGUGUAGUGUUUUGAACGUAACUGCUGCUUUUCUUCGGGAGGAGAAAGGGUCAGGGGUGAAGCUAGAAUCGCGUAAAUAAAAGAAAAUAAUCAUGGCUUUAUCGAGACUAUACAGUCCCAGCCGUCGCUUGGGAGCGAGAAUUACAACCGUGUUCAGAAAUUACAGAGAAUCUUUCACCCCUCAAAUAGCAAAUAUGGCUGACUACAGAGUUGAACAAGACACCUUUGGAGAGCUGAAAGUGCCGGUGGACAAGUAUUAUGGAGCGCAAACUGUUAGAUCUAUUAUGAAUUUCCCCAUUGGAGGCGAAUUCGAGCGAAUGCCCUAUCCAGUCAUCACUGCCAUGGGAGUUCUAAAGAAAGCAGCGGCAAUUGUGAACAAAGACUACGGUUUAGACCCAAAAGUUGCCGAUGCCAUCUCUCAAGCAGCAGACGAGGUCAUUUCAGGGAAGCUGUAUUCCGAACACUUUCCUCUCGUAAUCUGGCAAACAGGAUCCGGUACUCAGACAAAUAUGAACACUAACGAAGUCAUCAGUAACAGAGCUAUAGAAAUUAUGGGCGGUAAACUAGGAUCCAAAACACCCGUUCAUCCAAACGAUCACGUCAACAAGAGCCAGAGCAGUAACGACACUUAUCCCACCGCUAUGCACAUCGCCGUAGCAGUAGAAAUAGAACACACUUUAUUGCCAAAUCUCAAGAUGCUUCAAGAAGCUUUGGAUAAAAAGUCCAAAGAAUUCAAAGAUAUCAUCAAGAUAGGAAGAACCCACACCCAGGACGCUACACCUUUAACGUUAGGUCAAGAAUUUAGCGGGUACGCCCAACAACUAGCUUUUGGCAUCGAUAGAAUCAAUGCUACAUUACCAAGAGUGAGGAUGUUGGCUUUAGGUGGUACAGCUGUCGGUACCGGUCUGAAUACAAGAAAAGGAUUCGCCGAAAAAUGUGCAGCCAAAAUCUCAGAACUAACUGGAUUACCAUUCACAUCGGCACCAAAUAAAUUCGAAGCGCUCGCUGCUCACGAUGCUAUGGUUGAAGUUUCCGGAGCCUUGAAUGUAAUAGCAGUGUCUAUAAUGAAGAUCGCCAAUGAUAUCAGAUUUUUGGCUUCUGGUCCCAGAUGCGGUCUAGGAGAAUUGUCACUUCCAGAAAACGAACCAGGUAGCUCAAUCAUGCCCGGCAAAGUUAACCCCACCCAAUGCGAAGCCAUCACCAUGGUAGCAGCUCAAGUGAUGGGCAACCACGUAGCAGUCACUAUCGGCGGUGCUAACGGCCAUUUCGAAUUAAACGUAUUCAAACCCAUGAUUGUAUCGAACGUACUUAGAUCUAUCCGAUUGCUUGGUGACAGUUCCAAAUGCUUUACCAAGAACUGUGUCGACGGCAUCGUUGCCAACACAGAAAGAAUUCAUAAGUUAUUACACGAGAGUCUAAUGUUAGUUACAGCUUUAAAUCCCCACAUUGGCUAUGAUAAUGCUGCUCGUAUCGCGAAAACUGCGCACAAGGAAAAUGGAACUCUGAAGGGAACAGCUAUCAAGUUAGGACUUCUCACGGAAGAACAGUUCGACAAAUGGGUCAAACCCGAAGAUAUGCUUGGUCCUAAAUAAAAAAAAAACAAUAUAUUCAGUAAUUUAAACACGGAUUUAUAAGGAUUUUUGUAUAUAUACUUUUGAUUUUUAUGUUUUCUCAUUACAAUAUUUAUUUUCGA